CUACUUACGCGCCAAUAUUACAAGUCCCGUUAUCGGAUUGUAUAUUUCGUUACAUUUAUAUACCUUAGAAGAUUUGUUGUUCUUGGCGACGAAGGUCAAUUCCCGUUUUUGACGGAACGAAACCAGCCCGAUUUCAUUGCAUUACCACAUGUAUGUUCUUGGAUUAUGUCCCAAUUUGAUCCAGCCCACUUCCAUUUGAGUGUUUGAUUUCUGGUUGCGGAGAAUGAGCGAUCAUCUCGCUUUGUAUGUGGAUCGAUUAAUUCGGCCGGCGCCCGUUGAUUCGGAGCUCAGCCCGAUUGAGGUUGUUCCUCUCUUGCCGGUCGCAGGGAACUUGGACGGCGAUUCAGUGGGCUUGUCUAAUUCGACGUCCAAUUCCAAUGCUGAUGAGAGGGAAGAAAAGAAUGAGGGUUUGGAUGGAGAGGAUGAUUCAUUGAUUCAGACAGCGGAGUGUCGCAUUUGUCAGGAUGAGGACGUGAUUAAGAAGCUCGAAACGCCAUGCGCCUGUAGUGGAAGUCUUAAGUAUGCUCAUCGGAAGUGUAUACAGCAUUGGUGCAAUGAAAAAGGGGAUAUCAUUUGUGAGAUUUGUCAUCAGCCUUACCAGCCUGAUUAUACAGCUCCACCACCUCCCCCUCGAGUUGAAGAAACGUCUAUUGAUAUUGGGGGAGGGUGGACCAUUACUGGCACACCUUUGAGUUUACACGAUCCUCGCCUUUUGGCUUUUGCAGAGACUGAGCGUAAUUUAUUGGAAGUCGAGUAUGAUGAAUAUGCUGCUUCUGAUGCCGGUGGAGCAGCAUUUUGUCGAGCAGCUGCUCUUAUUCUCAUGAUCCUACUUUUCUUGCGCCAUGCAAUGGAAGUCUCCGAUUCUGAAGACGAUGAUUACGUGUCUGCGUUCUUCUCUAUUUUCUUGCUUCGAGCAGCUGGUUUUCUCUUGCCCUGCUACAUUAUGGCUUGUGCAAUCAGCAUCUUGCAACGUCGACAACGAAGACUGGAACGGGAGGCCGUAGUCUUAGGUGCAGCACAAGUUGCUUUUAUGCGCACUUUCAUGAGGACCUCAAAUGACUUCCCACCAGGACACUGUUUAACUUACAUAGGUGCAAAUUGUAUAACCUCUUCAUUUAUCCCCCCCAAUGGUUUUAGCACCGAAACGGGCAAAUCUAGAUCUCCCUUAAAACCAGUGUCUAUAUCUUGUAAUCUGACUUCUACAUUCAUUUUGCAAACACCGAGAGUAAUUCUUCACAAGAAUGCAAUUGUUUUUCUUGAUUUACAAUCUCAUAGCCCUUAGUAAUUAAGCAACAAAAACUUAACCAUAGUUGGGGGACUCCAAACAGAAAUAGUGGGUAUGGCUAAAAAGUCUCUGAUAUAUUAGAAAUACCUAUAUGUUUGGUCUGUCUGUCUUGUAACUAUCUUAUCUUACGCUUUUAAUCAAAACAUUCAACAUGGAUCUCUUUGCAGUGCGUUGAAUAUCAAGCUAGACGCCUCUGACUUCCCAGAUCCCCUUGUUGAAAGAACAAAGAACAGCAUAAAGAAGAGCAGUUGGAGUCGGAACAAGAACCAAGUAUUGAGUAAACUUUUUGUCACCUAGAAAACUGAUUUAAUGAUAUAUAUGGGCGGUCAAAUAGGCAAAAGAAGCCGAUGGUCGAUUAACUUUCAAGGGGGGAUUUGUUCCAACAGUCAUAAUUCAUGCAUUAAAUGAUAGCUUCAUAAUCAGUCAUGCUUCUUCUUGUUUGUUUGCUCUAGAGCAGGUGCACAAAAGAAGGGCCACAAACCAUCAGACAGAUCCAAGAAGUCCAAUUGAUGCAACAAAAGCAGCAUAAGCUCAUUCUUAAGGGUGUUUCCAGGGAGGAUAUGCACAAAAAAAGGGGAAAUCCAUGGCGCCUGAUCCACAUCAAGUCAUCAAUCAACCAAAAGAAGAGGUUCAUUUCAUUUGUUUUGAUUACAAAAGGGAAUAAUAAUAAAAGCUGAUGCAUGAUGAACCUGUUGGCAUUUUUAGUAUCUGUCUUAUUGUUCUUCAUAAUGGUGCAUUCCUUUCCUUUCCUUUCC